AUGGGUGGUAGAUUUGGAGCAGUACUAGUCGUCUUCUUCUUGGGUUUGACCUGGUCUUGUGAUGCUAGAAACCCCCUCGCUCUCGAACCAUUCGGUAAGAUUGUGAACAUCAACAAUGAACCAGCUCAUGAGAAUCAAGUUUGCGAACUGUGUGAUAAAUAUGUCACGCUUGCCGUUGACUAUCUUCAAGAUGUCGAUAACCAGAAUGCAAUUGUCGAGGCGCUUCACACGAGCUGCUCUCAGAUCCCUCCUUUGAAAAAACAGUGUCUUUCAAUGGUAGAUCAAUAUACUGAAAGUUUCUUCGCACAAGUCUCGGUAAUCAAACCAGACCAAAUCUGCAAAAAGCUUAACCUUUGUCAAGCAGUGACGGCUCUUACUUCAGAAGUUCAUCAAGGAAACUGCGAGACUUGCCGUGAGACUGUCUCAGAAGUUAUCAAAAAACUGAAAGAUCCUGAGACAAAGCUGAAGAUCAUUCGAUUACUUCUGAAGGAAUGCAAGUCGCUAAACAAUUACCAGGACAAGUGCAAGAAGAUGGUGUUUGAGUACGGACCUCUGAUGCUUGCGGAGGCGGAGAAGUUUCUGGAAAAGAAUGAUGUUUGCUCUAUCCUUCGAGUCUGUCCAGCCACCAACAACCACCGUGACUACGUUCCGGCUCUGGAGGCAGUGGCAGAUUCGUAA